AAGUGUUUGAUUAGAAAUAUCAAGCGUUCAAAGAAAAUCGAUUAAUUACUUUUUCAGCAAAUUCAGGUAAAAUAGGCAGUGUCGGUUAAAAUGGAUGCUUCGUCACAGGAAGCAGUGCUGAAGAAAAAGCUUCAGGCAUUCUUGGCUGAAAUGUUGAAACUUGGGACAGUAAAGGGUUUCAAAUACUUUGCAAUGUAUAUGCGAGGUCGAGAGGAAAUGGUUCUUAGUGUUUUGAACCAUCCACAGAGCAUUUCUAGUCCAGUCCACAGUAGAUCUGAUUAUUCUGAAGCAGAGAGGAAAACGUUGUCUAAAUCAGAGAGUUUCAGUUCAAAUAACCUACCAUACGACCAGAGAUCUUUGAUGUUGUCUGUCCGUUCACAGAUGAUUCUCAGCACACAUGGUGUAAAAGAUGUUGGUUUACCUCCAGCCUCACCUAGUGAAGAGGAAUCUUUACCUACUGAUGAAAAAUCAACGUUAUUCCUCAUAGCCGGCUAUGGUCGUUAUAACUGUCCAUACGUGUGGGUGAGAUCAAAUCAUGAAAGACUGGUGAAGCUUACAGGAGAAUCAAGAGAAAAAGAUUGUCCAUUAAAAUUAAAGUCAACUUUAAAGUGGAAAGAUAAUGAUGUGUAUGUAUGGGACAUUAUAGCUGAAUUAGUGAAGUUGUGUACAUAUCCUGCCCCAAGAAACCCUUUCGAAAUAGAUUUUGAUUACUUCUCAAUGCUGCCGUUAUCGGAGAAAGUGUUGGCCACGGCUGCCAUGGUGAACAUACUACAGAAAAUCCUCAUACACACAUCAGAUCAUAAACAAUACGCUGGACCAGUUUUUGAAGAACUACAGCUUAUAACAAAACAUCACUUUGGUAGUUUAGAAAAACUUGUUCAAGAACAAGGCCUUCCAGUCCUGCAGAAGCAACAACAACAACAACAGAGGUCAAGGUCACUGUCUCAAAAUACUGCCUCAAGGUCAAGGACGUCAUCAUAUAAUCAGCCAACCAGCCCAGGGUAUCAGAACACACCUCAGCAGCAAUAUGGAUACAUGCAGACACACGCAAUGUUUUGAAGAAAAGAAUUAUCACGCUAAAACUGGCAAUAUGUAUGGUUGAUAAUUGGCUUAUAGAAAUGAAAGAGGACAUAAUUCUUUGUUACAGGUUACUGGGAUAGGGGGCUAUACUUAAAAGAUCUAUAAAAUAAAAUAGAUUUGGAACUCUCACGAGUUUUUCUUAGAGACAGAUCUCACUAAAUCUUGUGAUAUCCAUAUGAGAUCUUGUUUGUUGAUGAAAACACUUUAUUUCUCACUUCACGUAAAAAGCAUCCAGACAUUGGAUAAAAAGAUCACAGUGAAAGGUGAUUUCAAAAGAAAACAGAUAUGAUCGUGUUGUUUAUAACUUCUGUUGGUAACUGUAUCGGAAGCUGGUUUUACUUUUAUUCUAUGCCGACAGCUAUACCCAUUCAUUUUUAGCUCACCUGAGCACGAAGUGCUGAAGGUGAACUUUUGUGAUCGCCCUGUGUCUGUCGUCUGUCCUUCGUCAACAAUUUGACUGUUAACACUCUAGAGGUCACAAUUUUGACCUAAUCUUAAUGAAACUUGGUCAGAAUGUUACCCUCAAUAAAAUCUUGGAUGACUUCGAUAUUGGGUCAUCUGGGGUUAAAAACUAGGUCAUCAGGUCAAAUCAAAGCAAAAACUUGUUAACACUCUAGAGGUCACAAUUUUGGCCCAAUCUUAAUGAAACUUGGUCAGAAUGUUACCCUUGAUAAAAUCUUGAAUGAGCUCGAUAUUGGGUCAUCUGGGGUCAAAAACUAGGUCACCAGGUCAAAUCAAAGGAAAAGCUUGUUAACACUGCAGAGGCCGCUUUUAUAACUGUUUCUUCAUGAAACUUGGUCAGAAUGUUACUCAUGAUGAUCUCAAAGUCCAGUUUGAAUCUGGGUCAUGUAGGGUCAAAAGCUAGAUCACCAGGUCAGAUCAAAGGAAAAGCUAGUUAACACUCUAGAGGCCACAUUUAUGACCAUAUCUUAAUGAAACUUGGUCAGAAUGUUAAUCUUGAUGAUCUAUAGGUCAUGUUCAAAUCUGGGUCAGGUGGGGUCAAAAACUAGGUCACUAGGACAAAUCAAAGGAAAAGCUUGUUAACACCUAGAGGCCACAUUUAUGACUGUAUCUUCAUGAAACUUAGUCAGAAUGUUAAUCUUGAUGUUCUUUAGGUCAAGUUCGAAUCUGGGUCAUGUGGGGUCAAAAACUAGGUGACCAGGUCAAAACAAAGGAAAAGCUUAACACUUUAGAGGCCACAUUUAUGACCAUAUCUUAAUGAAACUAUCUUCAUGAUCUUUAGGUCAGUAGGUCAGGUGAGCGAUACAGGGCCUUCAUGGCCCUCUUGUUCUUCUUUUUCUUUAAAAAUAUGUCAGUGAUUAUGCCAAAGUCUGAAAGGUAAUUGUUAACCUGACGAUACCAUAAACAAACAAAAAUGCUGGAAGUGUCAAAAAUGAAUGAUUUUGUUUAGAGGUUGAUGGCUGGACUAUAUACACAACCAUGAGGACUACAUGUCAGUGAAAGUGUUGUUUAGUGUUUGAAAACUGCUUAAAGUGUUCAAAAACUGCUUAAAGUGUUCAAACAACUGCUUAAAAUGUAAGAAAGACUGUCGAAUUUUAUGCAACUUGUUUCUACCUAUAAAGUAGAGAGGUUGAGAUUUCAUACAUGUAUUAUGUCUGCUUAUGUGUAGUAAAAUAAGGUUAUUAUAAUAGUAGCAUCAUCUGGGAUGUUGCAUUUUACUUGCAGAUUUUUUUUUUGGGUCACUUUGAGAAAAGGUCUGUUACCGACUGAAUUGGGAAAAAUCCUGCAUUUUUCUCAAUUUGGUAAAUAGGUGGUGUCAUUCUGUUUUUAGCGCAACUAUUUUAAGAAUAGUCUAGCUAUUCUACUCACCCUGGCAUUGCGUCACAUCUUGUUUAAAGUUUUGCAUGCAAGUACAAAUGGCUGUUGUUUAAAGGCAUGUAGAUUUGAAACUUACUUUUAGCUCACCUGAGCCAAAGGCUUAUGGUGAGCUUUUGUGACCGCUCAGUGUAAAGCGCCUUUGAACGUGAAAUUGAUCAUGAAAAGGGCGCUAUAUAAAUCUGGUAUAAUAAUAAUAAUAAUAUAAUAAUGUCCGGUGUCCGUCCUUCAACAUUUCCUAAAAAAAUCUUCUUCUUGAAAACCACUUGGCAGAAUUACACCAAACUUCACAGGAAUGAUCCUUGGAUGGCCCCCUUUCAAAAUUAUUCAAAGAAUUUAAUUCCAUGCAGAACUCUGGUUGCCAUGGCAACCGAAAGGAAAAACUUUAAAAAUCUUCUUGUCCAAAACCACAGGAUUUAGGGCUUUGAUAUCUGGUGUGUAGCAUCAUCUAGUGGUCUUCUACCAAAAUUGUUCAAUUAUCCCCCUAGGGUCAUAUAUGGCCCCGCCCCGGGGAUCACAUGGUUUAUAUAGACUUAUAUAGGGAAAACUUUGAAAACCUUCUUGUACAAAACCACAUGGCCUAGGGCUUUGAUAUUUGGUAUGUAGCAUCAUCUAGUGGUCCUCUACCAAGAUUG